AUGACAAUGUCGACCAGUGUUCAGUCUGAGAUCUUAAACGAAGCCUUGCCACUUUCGCAAGCGAUGGAAAAGUUAAAUAUUGUAUCAGACGGGGAUUUUGAGCGUGCUAAAGAACGAUUUAAAGAUGCACGUAGAAGAGCAACCGACGCUUUCUCUAACCAAGCUUUGAGCAUCGAAGACAGAUUGAUGGCGGCAAAACUACAUAUCGUUGCGACAAUUUUGGAAUGCCUCGAAUCACCAGAACAUGCGAUCACAUCGUGUCUGUCGUUUCUGAAGGAAUUGCACGGUCUUGAGGAAAUUGCUGAGAUAUUCUCCGUGUAUCUCAAUCGUGGAUUCAUGUCAAGAUUGAAUACAGCACAGCGAGUAGAGUGCGUCAAGUCUAUUAUGUUGGUCAACUAUACUCUAUUCCAAUUUGUGUUCAAAUUCACCAGUAAGUAUACUUCCGCAAUCGCCUGGCCAACGAUUGAACUUGCUGAACGCAGUUUUAACCCAAUAUUAAGUUGGCAGGAGAUUUCGACAAGAAAAUCUAUGGGCGAUGAACUGACCCAACUUCCCAACAAACUGAUACUUGAUGAAAGUACAAUCACUGUUUAUUCUGCUGUAAACAGCCAUGGAGAUGUUAUUGUUGGAGAAGAUCCUGACAACAUCAAGAUUAUAUGGAAGAGAGCUGAAAGCAAAGUGGUUAAAUUACCUGAACCCAGUGAAGGUAAAGUUAUCAGGCAAUAUAUUGUAGGACUUGCUGUUGAUAAGAAUAACAACGUUUACGUGGUGAGAUGGCUGAAAACAUCUACGGAAAAUGGCAAAGUGGAAAGCAUUGUGUUGGAUGUACUGGACGAGAACUACAAUGUAAAGCAAGACUCGCGCAGAUUGGAACAUCUCGAGGCAACAAAAUGUUAUUAUGUGAAGAUCGCUAUAACCAAGAACAAUAAUAUCGUCAUGGUCCGAUACCGUGAUCCCCAGGUAUAUAUAUGUGACAAUACUGGAAAAUUAAAGCACAAGUUUGAACGAGGCUCACUAGAUCUACGCAGCUUGGGUAUUUGUGGGCAGGGUGAAAUCAUGAUACCAUCGGACGAUGACCGGGCUGUCGAGAUAUACUCCGAGGAAGGAAAUCUGAAGUCAACAAUAAAACUACCUGAAGGUCACAAGGUCCGUGGGUUGGAAUUUCAUUAUGUCAUUUGCAAAAUAAUUUUCUUAACCUAUGUUGAGAAAAAAGAUUCCUAUUUCCUGCUGUGCUACACUGAAGCAGGUGAACUGGAGACCACAACGUUCUUUUCCAAGAGAGUUGCCGAUGAAUUGCCCCCCAAAAUUAAAUCUCAUCCAAGUGGUCCUGUUGCUAUUCUAAAGGAGAAAAGCAUCACUUUCAUUUAA